ACAGAAAAUGCACAGGACGACCUGUAUUCUUUACCUUACUGCUUUCUGCUCCUGAAGGCCCAACUGAAGACAAUCCGUGUGAUCCUUAGUCAAGGAGCAUGACUGGGGUGCAUAUAUUAGCUUUGAUAUUUUGUAUAUCUGGCACUGGAGCAGUUAUUGGUGCAGUUAUAUCAAAUGAGUGGAAGGUGACAAGCCGUGCUACCUCUGUAAUUACCGCUACUUGGGUCUUUCAGGGCUUGUGGAUGAACUGUGCAGGAAAUGCUCUUGGGUCAUACCACUGUAGACCCCACUUGACCCUCUUCAGAGUUGAAGGAUUUUUGCAGGCUUGCAGAGCACUAAUGAUUGCUGCUGUAUGCCUGGGAUUCUUUGGGUCUAUAUGUGGAUUUAUCGGCAUGAAAUGCACAAAGAUUGGAGGAAGUGACCAAACAAAAGCUAAAAUUGCUUGUUUAGCUGGACUCUUGUUCAUAUUUUCAGGUUUGUGCUCCUUAACUGCUUGUUCAAUUUAUGCUCAUAAAACCACCAGUGAAUUCUUUGAUCCAUCCAUACCACAAAAGUACGAGUUAGGUCCUGCACUCUUUAUGGGAUGGGCAGGAGCAGCACUUUGCUUGAUUGGUGGCUCCAUCUUUUGCGCUACGAUUAUUGCUGGAAGCAAUCUCCAUUCCAGACCAAACUACUCGCAUGCAGGAUUAACCAUGAUGACUUCAAGACCAGAAAGACCUCCUGCAUACCAGAAGUCCACGUUUAGGUCUUCAAAUGAAUUUAACAAAACCGCAUACGUUUGAACUAUUUUAGUCAAUGUGCACCUCUUCUCAUCAAAUACUUGGAAUUUGGAUUUUUCUUUGUACAGAUCUACAUAAUAUGUUGAUGUAUUAAGAUUACAAAUGUUGCCUAGAAAUAAAUAAUUGUAUUAUGUUUACAACUGUAAGCUACUAGAUCCAGUAUGGUUUGCACUACAAGAUAACCCCGAUGUCUUCUAGGAGAAAAAAAAAUAUCCUAGUCCAAUGUAGCAGGGAGGAUAUAAUUGAAACAUAAUUUUUAUUAAAGUCCAUUUUACAACAAAA